AGUUACCCAGCCGGUUUUCAUGUCUAAGGCGGGGCUAGAACUCACUGACUUCUAGUGUUCAACAACUACAUGGUUAAGGUAUCAUGCUGGUUGGUGAAUUCUGGUAGCUGAAGUCCACAAGUCUUAAAAGUUGCUAAAUUUGGAGACCCUCUGCACUAGACUAAGGAAUUUCUAAUUCCGUUCAGAGCUUUUGUACAGUCGCUUCUUUGCCGCUCGGGAAAUUGUGGUUUUUAGUCCCUGUUAAACCCGGAUUUCGUCACUAGGCUGCCUAGGCUGCUGUAGAGCUUUAAUUGAUUCGAAAGCGAUGCUACUCUCCGCUGUACUUUCCCGCAGCCGCCGCUAGGAGGCCUCUGACGAGAAAAAUGUCGCCUCCCAAGACAUUUCGCAGGUAGCUCGGUGGCGCGCGCCUCUAUCCCCUGUAAGAAAAAUGCCGGAACUUUUUCGUGUUGUAAGAUCCUGCAGGCGACGGUUCCAGCCUUCCUCUCGGCCGCUGAAACGCCCAGCCCGCGGGGUCUUUUGGAAGGCUGCUAAGCAAACUUCUCGUCGCCCUCCGACACAAAAGUCUUCUUUAGCCAGCCUGUUGUGCUUGUCCUCGGCAAAGCAGCGGGAGGAGAAAAGGCCCUCGUGAAACCCUGCGGCCAAGGAGCCGGAAGGAGCUGGCGCUGCCUGUUUUUGAAGAAAACCUGGAAGGGGAACAGGGAGGUUUUUUUUUCUUUGCCGUGGCUCAACCUCUCCUUUUCUUGGCGCCUUGGAACCGUCAAGUUUACUGUUUGCAGCUCCUUUCCCCGUAUAAAACUCAACUGGCUCCAACGGGACCGCUUCUAAGAACACCGGGCGCAAAACUGCGCUCAAAGGAGCAGUUUUCUGAAAGGUGGGCACGAUUCUCAGUGGAAAGGCGCUACUCCCAUUGUGAGGACGAUGGUGCUCGCGGCUUUCCCCUAUAUGUUGGAGAAAACUUUUCGCUAUUGUCCUCGGUUUAUUUGGGAAGGAUGAUCGAGAUUUCCUUUUUAAAACAAAAACAAAAAAAUACCCAUGUUUCAAACCACCCUUUUUCCUGCUGGGAAGAGCCCCCCCCAUCCGAAACGGAAACUCGUAACAUCUUCGGGCGAAAGUGAAAAAUGUCCUCAGUGACUUCCUUCGUUUCUAUUCGGGUUCUGGUCUCUGGCAUUUCCCUUGGGGAAAACUGCCGCGGUUUGUUUCCGUGAAGCAAUUAACAGGCGCGCGCAAAGCAACUAAGCCAAUAGCCGUGAAAGCGCGAAUAAAUAUUUUAUGCUUUGAGGGAACUGUAUCUAGUCCAGUCGAGCAAGUCUAAUUUCCUGGGGUUGCUUGCUCGCUCUCUUCCCUUUGGGUGAUUUAGGCUUCUCUUUCAAAGAAAGAAAAAGAGAGCCUGAACUCUGGAAGAGGAGGAGGAGGAGCCAGGGUGUGGAAGGGGUUUACAAUCCCCCUCCCUUCUCAUCUGGGAGCAGCCUGAAAAACUGUUGAAGGUAUGUGGUUCCUAGGUCAGCGACGCGUGGGAUCAAACUAGGAAGAAGCUGGGGAGGGGGCAAUUUCGAGAGACUAUGGAGAAUGUGGACUUCAGAGGCAGACAAAGAUCCGAGGCUGAAUCCGGCAGUAUUUAUGGAUCAGGGACACCCGCACCAACUAGCGACAGGAGACAGAGAGGAGCUGAUCUGUACAAGCUGGUGGAAGUACAAUUAAGUGGCGAAGCUCCCUGGGGAUUUACGUUAAAAGGAGGCAGAGAACAUGGAGAACCUCUGAUCAUCACUAAGAUUGAAGAAGGUAGCAAAGCUGCAGCUGUGGAUAAAUUGCUUGUUGGAGAUGAGAUUGUCAGCAUCAAUGACAUUCACCUCUCUGGCUUCAGGCAAGAGGCAAUCUGCUUAGUGAAAGGCUCAUAUAAGUUUCUAAAGCUUGUGGUAAAAAGAAAAAACAAUCUAGCCUGCAGGCCUCAUUCCUGGCAUGCUACCAAAUUCACUGAGAAUCAACUUGAAACAGCUGUGUCACAACUCUCCUCCACCAAUGUCUGUGCUUCAUGGCCCUCUCAGUAUCAUUCAAGUUCCUUUGAUCUUUUAAAUUCAUGGGAUCAAUCAAAUCUACAUCAUACCUCAGGCCAGUUCAGCUCUGUGGGAAGCAUGGAUAUCAGGGAUCACACACCCCAAACAUAUCAGUAUGGUCAGAUUUCCUCUGCAAAGUCCAAUAGCAGCAUUGAUCAUCUGAGGAAUCCCAGCAAAAGAGAUUCUGCAUAUGGUUCUUUUUCUACUAGCUCCAGUACACCUGAUCACACAUUGUCUAAUGUAGAUGCUAUGUCAACAGAGAAUGUGAUGUAUAAAAUGGGUCACUGGGAAACUCCAAAACAAGGAAAUAGCAAGACCGCUUCGUUUCUAAGUGAUAAUGGAAGUUCUGAAGAAAAAGUUAACUCCUUUGCAACUCCCCCACAAUAUGAAAACAACCUAAGUUUGCGACUGGAAGUCCAUACUAAUUCACUCUAUUCUGGGGCUGGAAGAACUAAUUUUGUACCUGUAUGGUAUGUCCCUGAAGGGAAAAAGUCUGCUUCCCCUCCACCUCCCCCACCCCCUCUGCGUAGUGAUAGCUUUGCUGCUACCAAAAGUCAUGAUAGAGAUCAUACACCUCUAUAUUCAGAAGGCAUUCAGAGCCCCCAGCAUUUUGAAGUCCUACAUAGAACACCAAUCAGAAAUGACUGGAGUGCUGAAGCUGCUGAAGAACAAAAGCUAAUGAUCAACUCAGUUGUCAAGACCUCACACAGAAGACGAGGAAGCAGCCCAAUACAAAGACCUGAUUUUAUUCCAGAUUAUGGUUUCUCUUCCCCAGGUGACAGGAUAAACAAUAAUAUGGGAAGUGCUAAGAGGCUGCAUUCUUCUCUGUCUAGUACUGAUGUUCGAUUUGCCCAGUCUGUUUAUGAGUCUCAGCACCAUCAACAUCAACGUCAGUAUAGUGAUGAAUAUAGUUUCUUUCACAAUACAAAAGCCUCUGCAUCAUCUAAAGAGCCAAAAUGGCUCUCUCCUUAUAGUGACAUUAGGGAAAGGCCUUCUGAUAAACAUAACUGUCAUCUAAACCAAACCAGAAUUCCCAGUAAUACCACCACUGCAGUUUCUGACAUGAGUUCUGAGGAAAACCCUGGACUAAAGCAUUAUUACUGUGCAAAAGUGAGGCAGCAGCCUGCUCAGGGAAUCUCAAAACCAUUACAAUAUAAAAAUGAACGUAGGAAUUCUGGGACAGGAAAUCUUGCUGCUUCUGUGUCAAGUGAGAAUCCUGCCAUAACCAUGAGCCAAAAUCCUAAGUAUUCUCUACCUCAGCAUAUUACUUCUCUGGAUAUAUGUGAAAAGGGAGCUCAUUGUGUAGUUAAUAAAGGAGAGAAUAUUAAGGCUAUUGUACUAGAAGAUUCUAGGAAGGUAAAUUACCCUGAGAAAUUGGGUCAGAACAAGACAUUUGAAGAAAAUCUCAGUAGUCAUCAUGAUUAUAAGGAUGGGCAAGAGUAUUUUCAGGUAUCUGACACUAAAAUAGCCCAAAAAGAUUUCAAAUGGAAUCAGGAGAAGAACUAUCAUAUUUCUCCUCCAAAGACUCCAAUGUUGCAUACUUUAGCUCAGGAAGAGAAAAAGCAAGUUAAUGUUGCUGCCGAAAUUGGAAUUAAUAAACAGACAGGAUUUGAUGUUCACCUAAGCAAAAAUGCACGAAGGAGUGAUCGUUUUGCUACCACACUGAGAAAUGAAAUUCAAAUGAAGAGAGCAAAACUCCAAAAAAGCAAAAACACAGCGGCCUUAGUAGAGCCAACUGAGGAAAAGGACUGUGCUGAGAACUGGAAGCAUGAUCCUCAAGAAAAGACACUGUUUAUCACAAGUUGUUAUUCUCACAUGUACAAAGAUAAUCUGAAAGAGGUCCAAACCAGAGUCUUAGCCACUUCCAGAGACUUAGAACCCAAGAGAAAUCUUCCAGACCGAAAGAUAAAUAUGUAUAAUACUACUCCGUUGGCUUUUGUUUCUAAAGAUGAAUUAGGUUUUCCUGAACUUAGGCAGUCUUCUAGACAGAUAUCACUGAGUAAUGAUGCUCAUCAUCUUUCACGUAUUGGUACUAGGAAGAGAUUUACUACAGAACAAAAAUUAAAAUCUUAUUCUGAACCUGAGAAAAUAAAUGAAGUGGGUAUGUGGAAUGAUAACUGCCAAACACACCAUCGUCCAACUACAUCAGAGGAAGUUUUGGAAACUUUUGCAGAUAAAUGGAAGUUUUUUGAAGAAACUAGUAAGCCAGUCUGUCAAAAAUCUUCACAGAGAUGUGAAUCCUACUUUCAUUCAGAAGUAGAGCUUGCUACUCUUCAUAGAAAUUCUAAUGAAAUUGAAUCUGGAGGAUCGUGGUACAAAAAGAGAACGCGGUCAGCUUCUUUCGGAGUUGAGAAUGUACUUUGUGCAUCUGAUAGAUCUAGUGAAACUGUACAUUACAGUGGCGACAUCACUAAAUCAAGACAACCUCAGAGGUUAGAAACAUUUGCAGAAUACCAGGCUUCCUGGAAAGAACAGAGAAAACCUAUAGAAAGCUGUAGUUCUGGAAAGUGCCAUUCAGCUGAUAACAUCCUUGAUGCUGGCUUUGAACAACUUGAGAAAACUCAGUAUAAACAUGAAAGGUCCAGGUCAUCUCCUUCUACUGAUUUUUACAAGCAGGGAACAUCAACAGAAGCAAAGAGGCAAACUGAAAAAUCCAGGAAAGAUGAAGAGCUUAUUUCCUCUGUUGCAAAAUCAGAUGAAAGUAGCUGCAAUUUGAGAUCAUCUGAUAAAGAGUACUCAGAAGACUCUCUGAGAGAACUCAGGAGGACUUGGGAGGACUACAGUUCAGGAAACAAGUGGAAAGUAUCUGCAAAGACCUUCUAUGUAGGACAGGCCACAGUUGCAUUACAGUGGAGCCGAGGUAGAUCUGGGACAUUGCCCAAUGAUUACAGAUAUUCACAGGAAAAUGUAAAUGAGAAAAGCAAAGAUUAUGGUGCUUUGCCUCUUGCUAUUUCUGGACUACAAAUAUCAGAUAAGAAUCAGCACUUUUUAACACAUAUCAAAGCAGAAGAAAAUUUACAGGGGAAUUCUAAGAAUAAGAAACAUGGCUCUUUUCCUCAGAGGCUACCCGCACCCAAACGAGAUAAGAAACAUGAGCGACAGGAUAGCUUUUCAGCUUCACUUGCUUCAGAAUCUUUGCUGACAGUGCUCAACAGAUCAGCCCAAACUUCCCCUGCUGCUACCAAUAUAGUAGUAGACAGCUCGUCACCUUCUCAGGUUUCUGCAAAAAAUUAUGGAAAAUUUGUAAGUGCAGAGCUACCAGAGACUGGGAAGUUGGCAUCCACAGAAAAUGUUUUUCAGCAUUUAGAACAAAAAAGACAUCUCAAAUCUGAACCUCCCCUUCCUUCAGCUUAUUGUUACCAUCUAAAAUCUAGAAUGGAAACAUCAAGAUCCCCUUCACCACAGUUUGCUCCACCAAAGCUGACUGAUAAGCCACCUGUGGCUGCUCAGGAUGAAAAUUUCACAAGAAUUGAAAGAGUGAUGGAUAACAAUACAACAGUAAAAAUGGUUCCAAUCAAGAUUGUACAUUCUGAGAGCCAUUCAGAGAAGGCAAGCAGGCAGAAUCUUGGCACUAGAAUAGAGUCUCCUACUUUACGAAGCGGCUUUAAAAAAGACCAAAUCAAGACACUUAGCACUUCUGAACAGUCCUAUUCACGUUUUUGUGCUUAUACAAGACCAGGUGUGGAAACUGACCUUGAGAACAAAUCAAGCCUGUCUUCUUUGCAAUCUGUUGAAAGUUUUGGGAGGAACAUAAAGGAAAGUGACAUAUCCACCCAUGCAGUUAAUUGUGUGAGAGCCAAAGAAAGGACAAUUGAGGACUGGAAAUCAGAAGAAUUAGCUAGAGAAAUAGUGGAUAAGAAUAAAUCAUUAGCAGAAAUUUUGGACCCAAAUGUGAAAAUAAAAACCACAAUGGAUUUAAUGGAGGGAAUCUUUCCCAAAGAUGAAUAUUUCUUAGAACAAGCUCAACAUCGCAGAAAAUUUCUUUUAAAGGUUUCAGCAGCCAAAACUGAAGAGGAAAAGAAAGAGGAGUUGCCUCUGUCUUUGGCCAUUCCCUUAACAACUAAUUCCACUUACUAUAGCACCUCUGCACCCAAGGCAGAACUUCUGAUUAAGAUGAAGGAUAUGCAGCAGCAGCAGCAACAGCAAAGUGAGGAAGAUUCUGAAAAUGAGUUAGACCACAAUUUGUCUGAGAAGAAGCAAGAGCUUAUAGAUAGCAUUAGUCGAAAACUAAAAGUGCUAAAAGAAGCUCGAGAGACACUCUUGGAAGACAUUCAAGCCAAUAAUCAUCUUGGAGAUGAAGUGGAGAUAGUUGUAAAGGAGGUCUGCAAAUCCAAUGAAUUUGAUAAGUUUCGGAUGUUUAUUGGAGAUCUAGACAAAGUGGUUAAUCUCCUGCUAUCACUCUCUGGUCGACUUGCCAGAGUAGAAAAUGCAUUAAACAACUUGGAUGAAAAUGCUUCUCCUGAAGAAAGACAGAUUCUAGUAGAAAAACAGAAAUUACUCACACAGCAACAUGAAGAUGCAAAGGAGCUGAAAGAAAACCUGGAUCGAAGGGAACGGAUUGUCUUUGAUAUUCUGGCCAGCUAUCUUAGUGAUGAAAGCCUUGCUGAUUAUAAGCACUUUGUCAAAAUGAAAUCAGCCCUCAUAAUAGAACAGCGAGAGCUAGAGGACAAAAUCAAACUUGGGGAAGAGCAACUCAAGUGCCUAACUGAAAGUCUCCAGCCUGAAAGGCCCAAAUAAUGAUUCAAUAAUGGCAAUAAUCCUCAGACUUUGCUUUACAUAGUUUUAUUUGCAAACCUUGAAACUUCUUAUAGUUUUUUUAAGACACAAAAGAAGUCAAUAUACAUAUGAGUACUGUUCCCUGAUUCCCCAAAAGGGAAUAAGAAAACUGUUAAUUUUAGAGAUUUUGAGAAAAAGAACUUCUAUUAAGCAGACAAAACAACUUUUCCAGCACUAUGAUUGGGCUGGUGAAAUACAUUGGCAACAUUGUACAUUUAGAUAUAAUUUUUAAAAAAGAAAUUUUGCAUGACAUUAGUCCUUUCAGAAUUAUUUCAAAACCAUUUGCAAGUAAGCUUUUAAUUAUAUCCAAUUGAACUAUUUCAGAAUGUACCAGUAAAUUGUAUAUUUCUGUGGCCCUGUGAAUUUUAAUGUUGUAAUGAAAUAUAACUAUAGUUUAUUAAUUUAUCACUUCAGUAGUGAUGGCUGUAGCAGGAACAAAAAAGAAGAAUCCAAAGGCAGAAGUUUAAUUCCAAGAAAUUGUCUUAGCUGAAUGAAAAAUUGAAGAAUUGAUUCUUAUAAGUCUAAAUUUGUAAUGCAGUACAAAAUUAAUACGACAUUUCAUUAGGUACUAUUUGCCAGGUUUAGUGAGUCAUAUAUUUGUAUGUUGUUCUGCAUGCUCUUCAUCUGUUUGUUUUCACCUGAUGACUUUGCCUUUAAUAAUCACUGUUUGUCCUGUGACUGUACUAUAAGAAGCUCGUUGUUUUACUUAGAUUUACAGUUGGACACCUCAAUGCUGUGUUUAUAUUAACAAAUAAUAAGUUUGAUCUUAUUUUCCAAUUACAUGUAGGGACAUAUUAACACUAUAAUCUAAAAAAUGUUUUUAAAAAGCCCCUUUAAAAUCUUUUACAUGAUAACAAUGCAAUAACUGUUGGUGUAUUUACCAAAUUAUAAAUAAUGUUCCUUAAUAUUAAUAUAUGUUUGUAAUGAAUAAAGAUAAUAUUAUAUCUUU